AUGUCGUCGCGCACUCUAUCAAUUGCCGUCGUUUUCAUCAUUGCAGCGCUUCUUGUAUCUGACAUCGAGGCAAGAUUCAAACGUCAAACAUAUCAAUAUGACCCAUAUCUCAUGUCAUUUGCUCAUCCACACCCAGGAACUAAAGUCACACAAGGAUAUCUAGCUAGAUAUGCACCACAAGACUGGCCAAAAUGGUACUCUCGGAACAUGAUGAAGUGGACUGGAGAAUCGAGAUUCUCGCCGUACGACAAGUCUGAUGCAAGAUACCCAAACUGGCAUAAUGAGUUCGCUAAUAGACGAGUGUAA